UGCGUGAUUUCCGCUUCUUGCCGACACCCGAGAGCGGUGUAGUUGCUGCGUGUGAUGAGACACCGCAAUGCUGGAAUCCGAGGCUGCGGUAGCUGAGUGUACCUCGUUCUGCCGACAAUACAGUGCUCCUCCUCUUUAUAUACGCACAACCGCGGCUGCGCAUACACUCUCUCGAAUAUCUCUCCUUGCCUUCACUGCCUCUCUACUCUGUCUAAGUCUACAAGAAUACACAGAAGGAAAUACUUGGUAGCUACUUUCACUCGUGAUUUUGGCCGAUUUAGAGUUGGUUUUCGAAGAUGGUGAAGUUGAAGAAAAGAUAGAUUAAGGCAUUAUUUCAGCACUUGGAGGAGUCAUUUGGAGUUUCUGGAGUAGGAUUUGCCGUGCUAAGUGAAGUACGAAGGGGGAGAUCAAGGUUGACUCUGUUCAUAUAUUACUGGUGACGGAUAUUUAUUCGAACUAUUUGGACGCUUAAUUGCAUUUGCAAGCACGUCCAUAUUGGACCUAAGGUUAUGGGUGAAGUGCCAGUGCUUUUGCAGGGGCCCCAUGACGCCGGGCACCGUUGCCACCUAUUUUUGAAACCAAAUACUAAGCAUGAUUAUCGGCCUUUCAGACUUCGAACCAUAAAGAAAACAUGGCCAAUACACAAUCAUUUCCUUGCUCACCUUGACGCUUAUGGACUACAAGGUUUUGCUAGGCUCACAUCAUGCGACGACCAAGUACGUUCGGACCCAUCCCUUUUGACAUCCCUCGUUGACCGGUGGAGACCUGAAACCCACACCUUUCACUUUCGUUUUGGGGAGCUUGCACCUACACUGAAAGAUGUUUCUAUGAUCACUGCUCUACCAAUUAGAGGUGAGCCGGUAGUCUCUCCACGAGUGUCUCCAUCUUGGGCAUUAGAUAUAGCAGCCCGUCUUGGGAUGGAAAUGCCAGAAUCACAACGUUCUGGUAACCCUCGGGGCAUCCCACUCGUCUGGCUUCGUGAUAACUUUCUUAAUUUAUCUAGCUUCGCCAAUGAGGAGACGAGAAAAAGACAUCUGUUUGCAUAUUUGUUGUGGCUCCUCGGGAAUCUAUUUCCAAAUUCACAUGGGGACGUUGUUGUCCCUGGUCUCAUCUACAUUGCAGAGAAUAUGGUAGAUGAACCUUUACCCGAGCAGCCAAAAUACAGCUUCGGUUCUGCCAUGCUAUCUCAUACAUACAGAGGCUUGUGUGAUGCCACGCAAAAAACCUCUUUCGCACAAAAAGCUCCAUUACUUUGUGUCGCCUAUGAGUUUCUACAGUUGUGGUCCUGGGAAUACCUCCCUGUAGGACGACCUCGUAUAGUACAACCCAUAUACCCAUAUGACUUUGGCGAGGGUGCUAGCGCAACUAUGGCCACCAGGUGGACAAAGGCACGGAAACGUUGGUCUCCAGAUAUUGCGAAAAAUUGUUACCCUAUGUACCACCAGCAGUUUGAGAUACUUGAUGAGGCAGAAGUCACAUGGAACCCGUGGACUCAGGACCAGCUAAAAAUGGUCUUUGAUGCUCGACACUUCACACCAGGCAUGUUGACCGAUAGUGCAUUCUGGCUGACUCGCUGCAACUUAUUGUUCCUGUGGUGUGUUGAACCUUACAACCCAGAGCGUGUAAUGAGACAGUUCGGUCUCUAUCAAGAAAUUCCACCACCUUUUCCCAGACGUAUCGACGAGGAAACACAUAAGCUAACCAAUAUGGGCAGGGGUUGGAGUUUAUACGAUUGGAGGGAAGAGAACAGUGAAUGGGUACACAAGUGGACAAAUGAAGCGCUAGCAGAUAUAGUGCGUCAACUUAGGCCGUACGAUGGAAGUACAGAUCAAGCGUACAAGCAGUGGUACUGCAUGAACACACGUGCUAGCCUGGCCAGUCAGCCAGCUACUAUACCAACACAUCUCACACAAGAGGAGCAGGCGCGGAGACAUGUUGAGCUGCAUGCAGCUUACUAUCGUGACCACCUGCUUGAAAAUGUCAACGAAGUAGGGCAGAUGGCUACGGAUAGCAUGCCGGCCCAGGGCCCAUAUCGCAAGACAUUCCAGAAACUUUUGCAACAAUUCGUGGCAAAGAAGUUCAGAUGCGGUAGAGGCGACGACGUUGCCACUGGAGCAUACAUGCCGGUAGCGAGGUCAGCCAGACCGAGUGCGGCACCGUCGUCCAGACCGAGCGAGGCGCGUACGAGCCAUGAGCAAUGGGGGGAGGGUCCGAGUACUAGAACGACAUUGCCACGACAUGACUCAUCUCUGCCACUGCAUCGCUCUUCUUCGAUGCAGCUUCGUCAGGGGCAGACAUCUCAGGACCAUGGCACGGGCUUGGAUUCGAUGCCCGAGCAGUUUCUUUCCCCUAACCCAUAUGCGUACACAGGAUAUGAUGCAUACACCCAAGGUGAGGGAUCUCAGCCGUUUCUCUCCACGCGAGGGAUCCCCAUGCCCGAGGAGACUCGUGUACCAGAUUUAAACCAGCACCAAGUACAAUGGCCAGACAGUAUAGGAGAGGGAUAUGCUCAGGACACACCUGAUGUUAAUUGGGGCGAUGAGAACACCCAACGCGGCGUCAACACAGGCCUCCGGGGAGCAUCACAUGAUCAUGGCGUCAACACAGGCCUCCGGGGAGCAUCACAUGAUCUUGGCGACACGGUUACAUCAUUAGUUACAGAGUUCUUCGGAGGGGAUGUUAUUGGCCCAUCUUUUAUCCCCCCGGAGUCACAACCAUACGCCUACAAUUACGCUUCAGGUUCGCAACAAGGAUUCGCGACUCCACCACCUACGCAGGACUCGCAGACACAUGAAGCCGAAUUGGAGUACGGCCGCGGUCUUCGUGUGACCCGGCCACCUAAUCGCUUGUCUCCUUCCGGUCGUAAGGAAAGGCCAGGUGGUCGUCGUAAAGUAGGGUGA